GCCACCACCUGUUCAAGAUAUUAUUUCUCUCUCUAAAACCGUUCCCCUUUUCUCUCUCUCUAAAAUUCUUCAAAUCCUUCUCAACCAUUUUGCUUGAUUGCUCCACUCGAAUUACGGUCUCUCCUAACGGAACCUAGGGUUUUCAAUUUUUUUCGCCUGCAAUCUGAUUUCCUAUGGCUAACGGGAGAGAACGAGAUUUGUUCCACGGCGACGCGAUUGAUCCUGCGGACGCCUCCAACGGUGAGGGUUUCGACGAUUCGUCUUCGGUGGACAGCGACGGUGCUUCGAGGAGGCAGGUCGGGCUCACGGAGCGGUUGACGGAUAUUCUCGUCGACGAAAGCGACGGCGAUCUGUUGAUUCAGCAGACCAAUAGGGAGGACCGGUUCCUGCAGUGGCUUCAGGCUCUCGAUAUGCAAGUCAUGGGAGCGUGUCGCGCUGACGAGAGGUUGAAACCCUUGCUCAAGAUGAACACUGCUUGUGGCGUCGCCGAAGAUCCUCUCCUCGCUCAAUUGACUCAGCAUUUCGAGCCAUCUGAAGUUGGGAUGCUAGCGAGAUGCUUCUGCGUGCCUCUUGUUUCGAUCCGCGUUGGAAAGAUCAACAAGGAAGGGACUCGCCUCUGCCCUACACCGAACAGGGGUAACUUGACACUUGUACUACUGCCAAGUUCCGAUCUCCGUCUCUCAUUCAUUGGGGAUGAUGGUAGAACAGAGAGAUUAUUUACUUUUACCAGCAAAUCCCAAUGCUCAGCUGUUGUGGUUGAUGAAAUUCCAACCGAUAGUUCUGGCCGAUCCUUCCUUGUAAGGACUCCAGAUAGCAGAACCUUUUACUUUUGGUGCUCUGAAAAGUCUAAGCUUUUGGGAAUUGAAUUACUUGAAAAGAUGAAGGAUUUGCUCAAGAGGAAGCCUUCCAUUGUUGAGUUGAGUGGCAUUAGCAAGUCACGACUUGACUGCUUUGCAACUCAGCUUCGUGCUUUUCUUGUGGGGUCAGUGGGGGGCAGUGGUCAUGAUGGUUCAGUUUGUGCAACAUCCACUAAUUCCAUUGCUUGCUGUAAUGUUGCUUCCGAUACUUCACACCCUUCAUCUUCAAAAUUUCCCCGAUCUCGAAAUGUUGGAGGUCAAACAGCAAAAGGAGACACAGCACUUUACCAGAGUAUUCUUAGUCCAAGAUCAAGUUCUUUUAAAGAAGUUCCCCCAAGAAACUUGUCUUCUCUCAGGAUUGCAGCCAGGGAGAAAAUUAAACGCCGUGGUGAAAAUCAUCAGCCAACAGUUGAUAACUUGACAAAUGAUUCAACAAACAUUAUGGAUUUAUCGUCAACUUCUGAUCAUGACAAAGCAUCAGAAGUUUCCAAAACUCUUGCCUUUUCUCCUAGUUUUCUGGGAUCACUAGGAAGGCUUGCUGUUCCAUCAACCCUUGGACUGGGUGGGGAGGCCCCUCCUGUGGUGGCACCUCUUUUUUCCCCCUACUAUUGUUGGUGUCCCCCUGGGAUUUCUACCUGUCCAUCCAUUGCAGCAGUUACACAGUCUCCCGAAUCCCCUAUUGGAACACUGCCUUUUCCAUCAGGUGCCCCUUUAUUACCAAACCCUCUAUCAGCUACCCUGUUGGAUCCGGUACAGCCUCUUAGUACUUCCAUGGACUUUCCUCCAUUUCUGCCUGAUCCAUUGGUCAGAAUGUCAUUGCCGUCUUCUCAGCAGAUUCCCACUUUCAUACCAUUAAUGUGUGAUCCAAUAGUUCACGUGCCAGUGAUUGACGUGUGCUCUUCAGGUCAGGGCUAUCUGGUGAGUGCUGGUCCUGCAUUGCCAACUAACAUUGCACCGUUGCAUCCAAAUCUUGUGAAGCCACUGAUUCCUGAAUCUGAUGCUGUGGUGAAGGGUGCGAGAGAGACUCUAAGAUUGCUGAUUAGUGGUUCAAGCCAGGGUAACCAACAGAUGAUGAGGGACACUCUGCCAGCGGUUUUAACUAAUCCGGAUGAAAAACAAAACAUCCUUGUGGCUGGCAGCCGUGGUCUUUAUACGGGAAGCCAUGAUAUUAAUGCUAUUGCAAACAGCAUUGCUGCCAUGGGAUUAGUAUCACUAUCUGGGGUAUCCAAUAGAGACACUGGAGGCUAUUCGGAGGCAUGUGACAACUAUGGGAUUCUGGGAAAAACAGUGAAAAAUUCCAAUGAUUCAGGUGGUUCCAUGUUGGAAGAUGAGGGCGGGUCUUCAGUGGAUUCUAAGCAGUAGUGAUGAAUGCGAUUAUGUUUUUCUUUUUGAUGUAGAUCUCUUUUGUCCAGCAAAUGUAGAUAUAUGCUGUAGCAUUUUGAAUGGUUUUAAAGUUCAAAUUUCACCAUUCAAGUCUUGGUCCCACGUAGGAUGCGUUGAUUCUUUCUUGAUUAGAAAUAUGGAAUGCGGCUGAAUCGGAUUUUGGCUAGUUGUAUAUUCGUUUUGGGUGCAUGUAGUGAUAAAUUGGUAUGCAACAAUAUCAUAUUGCCGCCUGGUAUCCUUUUCA